AUGUCACACAGCGAAGCUGUCUACCUCUCUGGCAUCAAAGCCGACUUUCACGGAGUCCUCGCGCUGAUGUGGUCCUCCGUCUUUCCCCUCGUACACUACGUCUUCCCGUGCAGCCCCUACACCCGCGACGCAUACAUCUCGCUGACGGGCUUGCUCGCCGCCCUCUGCGCCGCAGCGACGGCGAGGCCAGACCUCGGAGCCGUGGACCUGGGUCACCACCGCGCGGCGCUUUUUGGGGCCUUCGGUCUUGGGGCAUUUGUGUUGCCUAUUGGACACGGGGCAGUUGUCGAGGGCGUCGGAGAGGUUUGGGAGAGGGUUGGUGGCGGGUGGGUUUUGGCGACGGCUGGGUGUAACCUCAUUGCUGUUUCGGUGUACUGGGCCAAGGUUGAUCAGUUUCCCGAGCGAUGGUUCCCGAAGACGUUUGACUUGCUAGGGGCGAGCCAUCAAAUCAUGCACGUAAUGGUGUUGGCUGCAGCUCUCGCGUACGCCAAGGCGGUUGUUUUUGCCUUCGACUAUAGACAUGGCCGGGGUCUAGAGUGUUGA